GAACUCGGCAGUAUCAUCGGAAGUUCGCCGCUAGCUCCGCAGCUGAUAAAUGGGGACGGCCAUUAAGGUGGGAUCUUUCCCUCAUCAGUAUCCAACUCCUACGUUUGAUACGGGGUCUCCUGGUGUGCGUAACUUCGUCGUCGACUGUGAUGCAGCUGCCUUUCAUGACAUAAAAAUUAAUGUCCCCCCUAAUCCAAGCAGGGUAGUACUUGCUCCAGAGGAGUUUCUUACUGGGAUAACAGUCUGUUUUGACUCAGCUGCCGUAUGGUCAAUCACUCUUCACAGCAACGUCAAGCAACCCCCAGAUGGAUAUGGACCAUAUGGCCCACAGAAAGGAACUUGUUUGACUCUUCCGUUGGAGAACGGUCAGAUUGUCGGCUUCUUUGGACACUCAUCAGGAAAUUAUGUUGAUGGCAUUGGAGUUUACGUAGAGCACAACAAGUGAAGUUACCCCUCCGAUAGGUGUACUCUACUAAAUAAGGAUACAAAGAACUUGUAUCUCGGUGUUCUCGUGGUCGUCUAAUAAAACAGUUGAACUGGAUGUGUCUUUGGAGGGGCUUCCUUUGAUCUAUGUACUCUAAAUAAAGUUACUAUGAACUUGCGUGUGGUCA